GCGGAUCAGCUGAUGCUGGAGAGCCAUCUUCAUCUUCCCGAGCAGAGGAGAGGAGGGGGACAGGACAGAGAGAACAGGGGGAUCUCGACUCCAAAUUGUCGGCUUAAAAAGACAUUUUAGAUCCAGAGAGCGCUGGCUGCUUAGAAACGGAGGACUAGAAAAGAACCGGCCGGUGACACAUGAAGACAAGCGGAUGACAAGCUUUUACACACAAAGGAGAAGACAUAUAUAUCAGGCAGCUAGAGGUGGCAUAAAGACAAUUUAUUAUGUUUUCCACGGAUGGGCGUUUGUCCUGGUCGAGGGGUCAAAUCUGCAUUUUAGUCGUCUGAUUUUACUAUAAACUUACAUAGAGGCACAAUGCUGAGAUAAGAGCACUGGCGAGUCGUUUGUUUUGGGUACGUUAACCAGUGGAUCGACAAGACUCGGAUUAGGGACCAAGGCUUUUGUGUCAAAACAUCAAAACAGUGUUAUUCCGUCUGGUUAUGUGUAGGGAUAUAAGCACUGCUCGUGUCAGCGCUUAUUUUGACAGUUUUUGAAGUGUUUGGGAUUUCGGGCAAGCCGGAAAGCUAGCAGGCUAACCGACUAGCCUUUCAGAAUUAGCAGAGCUACCUCGAUCGACAUAAAAACAACCGUACAGGGGUUGUUUUGGGUUAACACCUGUUUACUGUUGUGAUAUGGCCUUAUUUAAUAGAAAUAAGGCCGCGCAAGGUCAUUAGUUAUACUUGGGGACCUGUUUUUUCUUCAGCGCUCUCUUGUUUUGUUAGCUGUAGAGCUUCUGUGGGACUCGAGGCUCAGCUGAUAGGACAAACAGAGGAGAGGGGGUUUAAAUUAACAUCUGAGUGUAAAGAACUCAUGCUCGCUAAAACGCCCUGAACUGUACUAACAUGUUUUCAUACAAGUGAGUCUCUACAGUUGCUGUCAAUUAACACUAGUUUCUGUGUAGGUUGUACUUACGGGCAGUCAGACCGCUGGAGAGGGGCAUAUUGAUUUAAGAAUCUUAUUUCAUAAGAUUUAAACCUCAACAAAGGUCCAAUGAUACAUCUCUAGAGUGUUUUUUGUCCUGUAGGUCCACACUUGACAAUGUAAGACAACACUUAGGUUAAAAAAAACUGAGGAGUAUAUAAGUUUAUGAAAUCUUAGCUAUGGGUUGUGUCACUUUUUUCAAGAACUAAGCCCCUGAGUUUCUCCAGCAGUUGGGGUCUAAAAGCAUGGAUUAACUUCACUUAACUGCACCACAGUCGUGUGCAAAUCCUCCGUUUGACACCCUAAAUAUAUAUUUUCAGGAAACACAGGCUUUCUUGAGAGACUUUGCAGGACCCCUCACACAGUGUUUGGGUUGAGUGUGAGUUUCCCCUCCCCCUGAGCGAGUGUCACUCUCUCAAAACAACAGAGGCACGUUCAGUUGAAGCUUUCAGGUCUCCACACAGCAGAUGUGAUGGAACUGAUGUUCGCUGAGUGGGAAGAUGGAGAGAGGUUCUCCUUUGAAGAUUCGGAUCGUUUUGAGGAGGACUCCCUGUGCUCAUUCAUAUCAGAGGCAGAAAGUCUCUGCCAGAACUGGAGAGGAUGGAGGAAACAGUCAGCCGGCCCAAAUUCACCCACUGUGAAGAUUAAAGAUGGACAAGUCAUCCCUCUGGUGGAGCUGUCGGCCAAGCAGGUGGCGUUCCAUAUUCCAUUUGAGGUGGUGGAAAAGGUCUAUCCUCCCGUUCCUGAGCAGCUGCAGUUGCGGAUUGCCUACUGGAGCUUUCCAGAGAACGAGGAGGACAUCAGAUUAUACUCCUGUUUGGCCAAUGGCAGCCCUGAUGAGUUCCAGCGUGGUGAACAGCUCUAUAGAGUGAGGGCUGUGAAAGACCCUCUACAGAUAGGUUUCCACCUCAGUGCCACAGUAGUAUCGCCCCAGGCCGGCCAAUCAAAAGGAGCCUACAAUGUGGCUGUAAUGUUUGACCGGUGCCGCAUCACUUCCUGCAGCUGCACCUGUGGAGCAGGAGCCAAAUGGUGUGCCCACGUUGUGGCCCUCUGCCUCUUCAGAAUUCACAAUGCUUCUGCAGUGUGUCUUCGAGCACCUGUGUCAGAGUCCCUGUCCAGAUUACAGCGGGAUCAACUCCAGAAGUUUGCACAAUACCUCAUCAGUGAACUCCCACAACAGAUCUUGCCGACAGCUCAGCGUCUUUUGGAUGAGCUUCUGUCCUCCCAGUCUACCGCUAUUAACACCGUGUGUGGAGCCCCGGAUCCUACUGCUGGUCCUUCAGCCUCUGACCAGAGCACCUGGUAUCUAGAUGAGUCCACCCUCAGUGACAACAUAAAGAAGACCUUGCACAAGUUCUGUGGCCCAUCACCUGUUGUGUUUAGUGAUGUGAACUCCAUGUACCUGUCAUCCACUGAGCCUCCGGCAGCUGCCGAAUGGGCUUGUUUGCUGAGGCCCCUGCGAGGUAGAGAGCCAGAGGGCAUCUGGAACCUUUUGUCCAUCGUCAGAGAGAUGUUUAAGAGGAGAGACAGCAACGCUGCACCUCUAUUAGAAAUCCUCACCGAACAGUGUCUCACCUAUGAACAGAUCAUUGGCUGGUGGUAUAGUGUGAGGACAUCAGCCUCUCACAGCAGUGCUAGCGGGCACACAGGCCGCAGUAAUGGCCAGACAGAGGUUGCAGCACAUGCGUGUGCCAGCAUGUGUGAUGAAAUGGUUGUUUUAUGGAGACUGGCAGUGCUAGACCCUACCAUGAGUCCCCAGAGGCGUUUAGAACUUGCUGCCCAGCUAAAGCAGUGGCACCUGAAGGUAAUAGAGAUUGUGAAACGGGGGCAGCACCGCAAGUCUCUUGACAAACUCUUCCAGGGCUUCAAACCAGCUGUGGAGUGCUGCUACUUCAACUGGGAAGUGGCCUACCCUUUACCUGGCAUCACCUAUUGCGGCGCAGAUAAGAAAAACACCUCAUUUUGUUGGGUCAGGACGGUGCAGCAGCAGCGGGGCGCUAAAGCUGGGACCAGUGGGGAACCAGGAGAAGGAGCUCGCAGUGGAACGUCAGAAGGUACUUCCUCUGAACAAAAGUCACGGUGCAACUCUCAUCUUCUCCAGCAGGAGGUGGCUGUCCGCCCUAAGGAGACCAUUGUGAGCAAGAGAAAAGGAGUGUCAGGUGUGAAUAGUGGAGGCGUGCUGGUUUGUCUGGGUGGAAGGGUCUCUCUCUCACUUCAGGAGGGAGGUAAAGGCAUGUAUAAAGCCAGUAGCUCCUCCCCAUCAGCUGGUAGUAAGGCCAAGCUUACACAGAGCAACAAGGGUUCAUGUGGAAGUUCGAGUGGCGUCAGCGGGAAGCACCCCAGCGCUAAACGGCGAACUAGCAGUGAGGACAGCUCUCUAGAGCCUGACAUGGCAGAGCUGAGUCUGGAUGAUGGUUCCAGUCUGGCGCUUGGAGCGGAGGCCUCUAACACCUUUGAUUUCCUUCCUCCUCCACCAGAGAUGUUGCCCUCACCCAGCCCUCUUCUCCGAGAGCCACUCAAAUACAGUGGUAACGCUUCAAAAGAGCAUGCAUAUGAGACAAAACGUGUGCUGCCCUCUGCUGCUGAUGCCCAUGCCUGCUCCAUUGCAAUUCCUGUAGUGGUAGCUAUGGAGAAAGAGGUGGAAGUGGAGGCAGAUCUGGAUGAGAACGGAGGAGAUGAGGACCCCGUAGAUGAUACUCGGCCCUCUGCAGCGCUCCCCGGCAAGGCUCAGCAGGGCUGCAGAGAGGGAGAUGGAAGCGUCGUUUCAGGGGCCUCAGGACCUCAGGCAGUUGAGGCAGCAGCAGGAGCAGAUGCUGUAUGUGAAGAUGACUAUCAAGCGUAUUACCUUAGUGCUGCAUCAGAAGAGGGAGCAGAUAGAGGGGUUGCAGACAGCAACCAUGAAGAAGAGCCAGACAUCUUUGCUGGGAUUAAACCUCUGGAGCAGGAGGGCAGGAUGGAGAUACUUUUUGCCUGUGUGGAGGCUCUCUAUGCUCAUGGCUAUAGUAAUGAAGCAUGCCGACUGGCUGUUGAUCUUGCUCGAGAUCUGCUGGCUAACCCUCCUGACCUGAAGGUGGAGCAGCCGCAGACAAAGGGUAAAAAGAGUAAGGUGUCGACCAGUAAACAGACACAGGUGGCCACUAACACCCUGUCUAAAGUAGCCUUCCUGCUGACUGUGUUGAGUGAGAGGCUGGAGCUCCAUAACCUGGCAUUCAACACUGGCAUGUUCUCCCUGGAGCUGCAGAGACCGCCAGCUUCUACUAAAGCUCUAGAGGUGAAGCUGGCAUAUCAGGAGUCAGAGGUGGUGGCUCUGCUGAAGAAGAUUCCUCUGGGUCUUGUAGAAAUGACUUCCAUAAGGGACCGAGCAGAGCAGCUCCGUGAUGGAAACUUCUGCGACUAUCGUCCGGUUCUACCUCUCAUGCUGGCAAGCUUCAUAUUUGACGUACUCUGCACCCCUGUGGUCUCUCCCACGGGCUCUCGACCUCCUAGUCGGAACCGUAACAAUGAAAUGCCUGGUGAUGAGGAGCUGGGAUUUGAUGCAGCUGUAGCAGCUAUUGGUAUGAAGACAACGGUCAGUGAGGCAGAGCAUCCUCUGCUGUGUGAAGGGACACGGAGAGAGAAAGGAGACCUGGCUCUAGCACUAAUGAUCACCUAUAAAGAUGACCAAAGCAAGCUUAAAAAGAUUCUGGACAAGCUCCUGAAUCGUGAGAGCCAGACCCAUAAGCCUCAGACUCUGAGCUCCUUUUACUCUAGCAAACCAGCCACAAGCAGCCAAAAGAGCCCAUCCAAACAUGCCGCCCAUGGUGCCAGCGGAUCGACGGGGGGAGUGUCAAAGCACACCCCUGCAGCAACAUCAUCUGCUGUGCAGGCCGGGGGAGCGGCAGGGCAGCAGGGCAGUUUAGUGGGUAGUGGAGUUCGGAGUGCAGUUACAGGAGAGGGCAUCGCUGACAACAGAGAUCAAGAGGGUGCACAGACGACCUCCUGUGAGCAGCAGAGCGAUGCUGCACCCUUCAAGCCUGAGGGCACUGUGCCCAGUCGUUUGGCACUGGGGGGUCGCGGGGCAUACGGCACGCGCUGCUGGGGAUCACCUGUACGGCAGAAAAAGAAACACACUGGCAUGGCAAGCAUUGACAGCAGUGCUCCAGAGACCACCUCAGACAGCUCUCCUACCCUCAGUCGACGUCCACUUCGAGGUGGUUGGACAGCUGCUUCCUGGGGGAGAGGCCAGGACAGUGACAGCAUUAGCAGCUCUUCCUCUGAUUCACUUGGCUCAUCGUCAUCUAGCGGCUCGCGCAGAGCUGGAGGAGGAGCCAGAGCCAAGAGUACUGACACCAGCAGGUAUAAAGGUCGCCGGCCUGAAUGCCAUGCUCCACAUGUGCCCAACCAGCCAUCCGAGGCAGCUGCACAUUUUUACUUUGAGCUGGCCAAGACUGUGCUGAUUAAAGCUGGUGGAAACAGCUCCACCUCCAUUUUCACUCAACCCUCUGCCAGCGGAGGCCAUCAGGGGCCCCACCGCAACCUGCAUCUAUGUGCCUUUGAAAUUGGCCUGUAUGCCCUCGGCCUGCAUAACUUUGUGUCUCCAAACUGGCUGUCAAGGACUUAUUCCUCACAUGUAUCCUGGAUUACAGGCCAGGCCAUGGAGAUUGGGAGUGCUGCCCUCAACAUCCUGGUGGAAUGCUGGGACGGGCACCUCACGCCUCCGGAGGUAGCGUCACUCGCAGACCGCGCAUCACGAGCUCGGGAUCCCAACAUGGUGCGUGCUGCGGCAGAGCUGGCUUUGAGCUGCUUGCCUCACGCUCACGCCCUCAACCCCAACGAGAUUCAGAGAGCCCUGGUGCAGUGCAAGGAGCAGGAUAAUGUGAUGCUGGAGAAAGCUUGCAUGGCAGUUGAGGAGGCUGCAAAGGGAGGCGGUGUUUAUCCUGAGGUCUUGUUCGAGGUGGCUCACCAGUGGUAUUGGCUGUACGAGCAAACAGUGGGUGGAGGCUCUGGGGCCCAGCGAGAGGGGUCCGGCCGCUGUGGGGCCAAGUUAUUAACAUCAAAAAUCUACUAA